AUGCAUAGCUAUGAAACAGUGCACGGAGGGACCCUGGGUGGAUCGAUGUUAAUGGGAAGAGUGCUCACUCAUCACCAUCCAAUUCCACUCCAGACACACCAACAUCAAACAUUUCAAAAUGGAAGAAAUGUACACUCAUUCCCCAUUCAUCUAUCUCAAUCCCAUCCACCGCUAUCGAUUGUUUCCCCGCCUGAUAUGAGUCGACCACCACCGGCACCGUGGCACGGGCAGAGUCAGGCACCGCCAUCCGGUCAAAUCCUGAUGUUCCAGCAGCCAUCAUCGAUGUCGUCAAUGAUUCCCGGCACUCACCUCUCCCACCCUCCUCCCCAUCAACAAUUCUUCACUUCUCCCCCACCUCCACCACCCGUUUUACCCAUCCAAGCAGCUCUUCAUCCACCCCAAUUGUCUCAUCACUGCUUAUCACCACAAGCCGCUCCAAUCCCCCCGCAAUCCAAGGGAUACUUUGUGCAGAGUGCUUCUGGAGGACAAACGAUGUACCUCUCCCCGCUGCCCUCACCAGUCUCAUUUCCGAAUGGCGCAGCGAUGAUAUCUCAAAUGUACUCACCUCCAUCCCUUCCACAACACAUCUACCAAUCACAAUGUGUUCAUCCACAACAGAUCUUUCAGCAACCCGACUCGAUGAUGUUCGUCCAAACGCCACAAAGACAAAAUGUGCUGAUUGGACCCGAUGGACAACCGUUAACGCCAUCUUCAAAUCUUGAUUCGUGGAACAAUGCUGUGAUGGAUAUGGAUCGAUCGAAUGCGAUUCGAGCGAAAAUCGGAUUGGUUAUCAAUAAUCGAUUCCAAGUCAUUCAAAAGAUCAACUUCGGCUCGUACGGGACGAUCUACUCGGCGAAAGAUUUGAAAAACGAGAAUAAAUUGGUGGCCGUGAAAUUUGAGACUUCCAAUGAGGAUGCUCAUUUGAAGUACGAGUUCGAUGUGUACAAAGUUCUCUCUGGUGGACCGAGGAAGAAACGAAGAAAACCGAAUGGGAUACAUGGAGUGCCGAAAGUGUUUUGGUUUGGCGAGGACUACGGCCAACGGAUGAUGGUGAUGAGUUUGUUGGGACCAAGUCUUGAGAAUCUCUUUACAUAUUGUGAUCGAACAUUUUGUCGACAAACAAUCUUGAAAUUGGGUGAAGAGAUGAUCUCUCGAUUGCAAUGGUUACACGAAAGGGGAUUCGUUCAUCGAGAUUUGAAACCUGAGAAUUUCCUGAUCGGUAUUGAGGAAGAUGAAAGGAUAUUGUUUUUGAUCGAUUUUGGAUUAGCGAGGAGAUAUCGGUAUCGAGACGGUGAAAACCUUGUGCAUAUCCCGCAUCGAAAAGGGAAAAACCUCGUCGGAACAGCCAAAUACGCAUCACUCAAUUCUCAUCUCGGAAUCGAAUUGAGUCGACGAGAUGAUAUUGAAAGUUUCGCGUAUAUUAUGGCUGAGCUUUGUUGUGGAGAACUGCCGUGGAAGGAAUCGAAGAACAAAGGUCGAUAUCGAACAAAACAACAAAGCUAUAAUCGAAUUCGGAACAUUAAAGAGAGCGUCGACUGGAAAAGCGCUUGUCCACCGCUGGCUGAGCUCUUCACAUACGCGAAAUCGAUGGCUUUUACGGAAGAUCCAGACUACGUAAAAAUCCGAUCAAUUGUACACGCGAUUCCAACAUGGGAAGGCGGAGAAGAUCAUCAAGAGACUCCACCAAGGAAAAUCGAUUCGAAAAGCCCGGGUGGAUCGGUGGAAUCGUCUCCGGAAAAGAAUGAUGAUAUUACAUUGUUGACUGAGCAAGCAGGAGCAAUUCGAUUGACAAAAAGUGAUCCAACUCCGAACAAUCCGAUGGUUUGGAACAGCAAUGAGCGAUUGAAGCGAAAUCCGGGACGACUUUUUCGACCAUGCAGUUGGAUAAAGGACGAGCAUUGGGAGUACAAUUGGAUCGUUCGUCGCGAGAGUUCCGAUGAGGAGAAGGCUCGAUAUCAGGCGCUGUUUAGAUGGGCUCAACCACAGCACCUCGGUCAAACAACGUUGAACCUACGC